UGCUUUUGGCGCGAGUAGCUUGUAAUAAUUUGAGAACAUGGAACAUAUGGAAGUAAAUAAAAAUGCGCCACAGCUAUACGUGCGCACGCCGGAAGAUGUGAAAGCCAUAGUUAGACACGCCAAGCUCGAUGAACGGCAGCUUACGCAAUGCACUCAGGCGCUCUAUUAUCCCUCCGCUGAUAUAGUAGCGGAUAACAUUCGAUUGCUGGAGCUCGACGGCCACAUGCUGCAGCAAAUCCGAAACGGACAAUCCCUGUAUUUCAAGGGUGGUCUGCAUGAAAAGCUCGUAUUGUGCACAGACGAGCGCACCUACGAUGUCAAAGGUGCUGAGAUCUCGAACAGUUUGCUGCUGGUGCCGGAUUUAAAGUUUGCAGCGUCCACGAGCACCUCUCCUUUAAAGAGCCCCCGAACUAGUAAUGCAAAUAGCUCGUUAGAGCGCAGUCUCAAUGACAGUGCCGAGGACGAACUGGAGGUGCCACGCACGCUCGAUCAGCGCAAGGUGCUCGGCAUAUUCCACGAGUAUUUCGAGUGCCGUCAGAUACAACCUCGUUAUCGUAAACUUGGCGAGCUGCUACAGAUGACACGUUUCUCUGGUUCCGAGAAUGAGGAGUUUAUUGAACGUAAGCUUCUCUUUAGCUUCCAGCAACUGUUAGAUACUGUUCAGUGCAGUCGAGCUGAAUUUGUUGAAGGUUUGCGUCAGUAUCGUGCACUGGAAUUUAAUGGCUACUUGCGCGUCCUCGACUAUGAGUACGAAUAUCGCAUUGUCAAUCUCAUGUUGGGUUUGAUUAGCGAAAACUCCUGGCAGCUAGACGAGGUACAACGCGAGGAGACAAUCGCUGCAUUGGAAGGCAUAGCACCGGAAAGCAUUGUUGCUGGUCUCUUCGACAUUUACACAGUCCCAAGUGUUCGGUGUCCUGAAAAAUUUAAGUAUCAAGAAGAACUGGUAGCACGAAUUGUGGCACAGAAUAUUCUCCAGCCAGGUCUGCGUUUUCGCAACGAAGAGUUUAUGAGCACCUGGCAAGACGCACUUCCCGAAGGCAUGACAUGUCGCAUCGAAUAUUUGCGUGGAUUAGGCAUCUGCGACAAGGAAGGUGCACAGCCCUGCAUUCGGUCCUUGGCCGAGGAGCAUUUGCCCACUACAAUACACGAGCGUAUGCGUGCCCUGUUCAAAACCAAGCGCAAAUGGACAUUGGAGGAGAUGGAGCCGUAUAUUGAGUGCUUUACCACACCUACACUCUCUGUUUCCACCCUACUGGCCAAGCAUGCGCGCUGCCUGACCGAGGCUGGCGUGCGCUACUAUGUAUCCAAGCACUAACGUUCCAUUUUAGUUAAUAAGUGUUUAUUUAUUUGUACAGUUUAAUAUACAUACAUA